AUGACCUUUCCAAACGAAGGAGUUCCUGAAAAUGAUAUGGAAGAAGGGUUUGGAGAUAGUGAAGAAAUAUUGGGGGCACCAACUGGCAUAAGCGAGGAGUUUAAUUCGGCCACAUUCAAUGACAAUAGUGAAGGAAGUAGAAGCAACACUGGGAUGAGACAAGAAAACACUCGUGCGGGUAAAAGCACAGGUGGCAGUCGUCCUAGUAGUUCAUUAGGGGUUAGAAAAAAGGAUGAAUCCAUAAAGAAGAAGAACACUGCCACUAUGAAAAUAGUGGAUGCAUUAAGCAAGAUAGCUCAAGCAAAUGAAAAUGAUUCUCAGCGGGAACAUGAAAAGAUUUCAGAAGCACGUGUUUAUGAGACGUCAAUUGCGGGAGUCAUGGAGCACCUUAACAAAGUUGAUGAAAUUGUUGAUGAUCCUGAUUUGUUUGGCCGGUGCACAACACUCCUUAUGGACAAACCAGCUGCAAGGGAGAUGUAUGUGGCUCUGAAGAACAAAAGGGAAAGACUCCUGAUCUUCUUGAAGCACGCAACUAAAUAUUGA